CUAGAGUGUUGGAGGGAGGGGACGGGAGAGGGAGAACGAGGGAAAGAGGAAAGCCGUCCUAGAGGUGGCUGGCGUGACGUCACGAGUUUCCUGAAAGUCAAUAACAAGCUGCGGCGGGCGGCAGAGCGGAGGCAUAGCGGCGGUGCCAGAGGCUAGGAGGAGCUGCAGCCGCUUCCCAUUUAUCAUUAUUCUCAUUAUUGCUUCUGCUGCUGCUCUUGUUUUUAUUGUCAUCAAAGACAACGGCGGUGUGAGCACGCACCUCUUUAUUGUUUUUCAUCUUCGUGCUACGUUUAUAUAUACAUCUACGGACAGAGUUGUAUGUAUAUAUAUGUGUAUAUGUUGUGUGUGUGCGAGGCUUGGCUUUGCAAAAUUGUCAUUCUCGCAUAGGAGAGACAGACACGAGCGUUUACCAGGGAGGCUGCCGAGGGGGGAACCCGCUCGUCUGCCCGUCACUGCCUGUGCAGGCUGAGUCACCACUGGAGAGUGGGAAGGGCCACGGCAAGAGCAAAGAAGAAGAAGAAGAAGAAGAAAAAAAAAUUAAGAGAGGAGAGCCUGAAAACCGCAGAGCAGAUUGCCUGCAGAGGAGUGUUUCUCCGAGUCCUGGGCUCAGAGGGGAGCCAACAUGAGCGAUAUUACCAUUGUUAAAGAAGGCUGGGUCCAGAAAAGAGGAGAGUAUAUCAAGAACUGGAGACCACGAUACUUCCUUUUGAAAACGGACGGCUCCUUCAUAGGAUACAAAGAAAAGCCGCAAGAUGCAGAUUUGCCAUACCCCUUGAACAACUUUUCAGUGGCAAAAUGCCAGUUAAUGAAAACAGAACGACCAAAGCCAAACACAUUCAUUAUCAGAUGUCUACAGUGGACCACCGUCAUAGAAAGGACUUUUCACGUUGACACUCCUGAAGAGCGGGAGGAGUGGACAGAAGCAAUUCAAGCGGUAGCUGACAGGCUUCAGAGGCAAGAGGAGGAACGCAUGAGCUGUAGUCCCACCUCUCAGAUAGACAAUAUAGGUGAAGAAGAGAUGGACACUUCCACGAGCCACCAUAAAAGAAAGACAAUGAAUGACUUUGACUAUUUAAAACUUCUUGGAAAAGGCACUUUUGGUAAAGUCAUUUUGGUAAGGGAAAAAGCAAGCGGCAAAUACUACGCAAUGAAAAUCCUCAAAAAAGAAGUCAUUAUUGCAAAGGAUGAAGUGGCCCACACGUUAACAGAAAGCAGAGUACUAAAAAACACGAGGCAUCCUUUUUUAACUUCAUUGAAGUAUUCCUUCCAGACAAAAGAUCGCCUGUGCUUUGUAAUGGAGUAUGUAAAUGGUGGCGAGCUGUUUUUCCAUUUGUCGAGAGAGCGGGUGUUCUCGGAGGAUCGCACACGCUUUUAUGGGGCUGAAAUCGUCUCUGCUCUUGACUACCUGCAUUCCGCCAAGAUUGUGUAUCGGGAUCUCAAGCUGGAAAAUUUAAUGCUAGAUAAAGACGGCCACAUCAAAAUAACAGAUUUCGGGCUUUGCAAAGAAGGGAUCACAGAUGCUGCUACCAUGAAGACAUUCUGUGGUACACCAGAAUAUCUCGCCCCAGAGGUACUGGAAGACAACGACUACGGGCGUGCAGUGGAUUGGUGGGGCCUUGGCGUGGUCAUGUAUGAGAUGAUGUGUGGCCGACUGCCUUUCUACAAUCAAGACCACGAGAAACUCUUUGAACUCAUUCUAAUGGAAGACAUCAAAUUCCCUAGGACCUUGUCUUCUGAUGCAAAAUCCUUACUUUCAGGACUGCUUAUAAAAGACCCAAACAAAAGACUUGGUGGUGGUCCAGACGAUGCAAAAGAAAUCAUGCGACAUAGCUUUUUUGCUGGAAUCAACUGGCAGGAUGUAUACGACAAAAAGCUUAUACCUCCAUUUAAGCCUCAGGUGUCUUCAGAGACGGAUACAAGGUAUUUUGACGAAGAAUUUACAGCACAGACUAUUACAAUAACUCCUCCAGAAAAAUUUGACGAAGAUGGGAUGGACUGCAUGGAUAACGAGCGACGGCCGCACUUCCCUCAGUUCUCGUACUCUGCCAGUGGACGGGAGUAACAGCCACUUGCAACUGGACUGCUUCUCUGCCAUGGCUGGUAGUCAUGGGAAACUGGUCUUCAGCAUCAAGCACCAGAUCCCAGCUCUCUCUGAGGUUACCACCUAGUUAGGGUUUCUGGGUGUUGUGUUUUUUCUUUUUUCGUUUCCAAUGACAGAAAGGUCUCUGGAGAGGAAGGUUCUUUUUGCUGGACACGGUCAGAUGCAAUUAGAAUUUUUUUUUUGUUUUUAUAUUGUUCAUUAUGUGCCCUGCUAACAGGAAUCCUAGCAGGGAAGAACGUCGACAAUAUAAACCAUUUCUUGCGCAUAUGCUGUCAUUUAUUAGAACUUUUGAAUAUGAAAGGAAAGGGGACUUUUUUUUUUUUUUUUUUUUUGUAAUUUAUUUAUUAUUUUUACUGAUGGCUUAUUUUAAAAGCACCACCAAGAAUAAUUGGGUUUGCCAUUCGGAAACCAGAGCUCCUCUUGCUGCCGAGGGACACAAGGCACACUUUGGAAUAAAGACACAGCAGAAGAUGAAAAUUUAGGAUCUUUAGGACUUUUUUUCCCCUCCCCUCCCUGGUAUGACUGAAAUUAAGCCGAAAUGUCCUCCUUUGGUGAUGAUGUACAUAUGCAAUGCUUUUUGUUAGACAUAUCACUGCUAGAAGCAAUUUUGUGUAUGUAUUAACAACAAGAAUCUACGGAUGAAACAGAAGUGUCAGAUUAAAUCAUGUGUGGGCGCGAACUCCCUGGCCAGACUGUGGUCAAAAGUGAAGUAAGUGGGAGGUCGAGAAACUCCUUUGGCGGCCUGCUACUUCCAAAAAGCGCAAUCGUGUUUGGUGGGGGGGGUUUGGGGUAACAAUCCAGAGAUUUUACAGGCAAAAAGGGGAGAAACGUCACGUAUGCAUUUGCACCUGAGCGGUCUGUCUGUAUGCGAGCAUAUGUGUUUGUGUUUUCUGAGUUAGGCUUGCUUAUUUUUUUAUUAUUGUAUUUUAUGGAGGAAAAAAUGUGUAACUGUCCACCAGUGUUCCACUCUGGAAUACCUCUGAUGGCUGACGAAUGUAGACAGGCAAACUGCUUUGUUUUGUUUAUUU